AUGGAUGAAAAAUAUUGAAUAUAUUUUAACCAAACCCUGUAAUUGUAGACAUAAUACAAGCUUUUCGAGAUCAAAAUGAUGCCAAACAUCUCUAAUCCAGAUAAUGCUAUAGUUGUGGGUUUCAAGAAGGAAGAAAAAACUAUCAUAGAACAUAUUAUUCAUGGGUCAGAUGAGAGAGAAGUUAUUUUAAUUACUGGUAUGGACGGAUUGGGAAAAACAACUUUAGCAAGGAGAGUGUAUGAGGAGAAAAAUGUAGUCAACCACUUUGACAAGCGUGCAUGGUGUACUAUUUCUCAAGAAUAUGAUUGUAAGAACUUGUUGAAUGAAAUAUAUAAGGAUGUUUGUGGCCACAAGACAGAGAUUGACAGUGUAGCUGAAGAGCUUCGCAAAAGCCUUAUGGGAAGGAGAUACCUCAUAGUGUUGGAUGAUAUUUGGAGUGAAAAAGUAUGGGAAGAGUUGAAUAGAGUUUUUCCCUCAUGUGACAAUGGAAGUAGAAUUAUUUUAACAAGCAGACAAGAAAGUGUGGUUUCUGAUGCCAAACAUAUUUGUCGUCUUCCUUUCUUCACUAUUGAUGAGAGUUGGGAAUUAUUGCAAGUGAAGUUAUUUAAAGGGAAGGGAUGUCCUGAAGAGCUUGAAAAUGUUGGAAGAGAAAUAUCAAAAAAAUGUGGGGGAUUACCUUUGACAAUUGGUUUGAUAGCGGGUCUUCUUGAAAAAGGUUAAAAGAGUGAACAAAUAUGGCGUGAAUUUCUUCUUACUUUAAACUCACAUGUCAUAUUGGAGAUAGAAUACAAAGCAAUGAUGUGAUAGAGCUUAGUUACAAGUAUUUAUCAGAUCAUUUGAAACCAUGCUUACUUUACUUUGCUGCAUUCCCAGAGGAUGAAAAAAUUGAAGUUUCGAAACUAAUAAAACUAUGGAUAUCUGAAGGAUUCAUCAUAGGAAUGACAGAGAAAGGGAGAGUAGAAGAUGAGGCUGAGGAUUACUUAAACCAUCUGGUUAGCAGUAACCUAAUUAUGGUGUCUGGAAAGAAUUAUGAUGGUCGCAUUGAAUCAUGCAUAGUUCAUGAUUUGGUACAUGACUUUUGCUUAACAAAAGCUAGAGAAGAAAUUUCCUUGAAGAUAAUUAAUAUGGAAAAGAAGUGGGAUCCAACUCUAAAUUUUACCCCACGUCGAAUAUGUUUUCAUAUGCAUUCGACAUCUGAUAAUGCUUCUGAAUUGGUACCACAGAAUUCUUCUA